GGAGCGUGGCGUUGCUAGGGGGCGUGUCCUUCCGCAGCGCAACUCUCGCGAGAUUUCACUUUCCUCUCGCGACAGUUACCUGACCGUUGCCGGGAGACCGCGGCGCCAGCGGCUGCCGCCAUGGCACCCAAAAAGAAAGGAUCGACUAAAGGGAAAGGUCCAGCAGUGGUGGAUGCCUUGGACCUGGAGGACAUGAGCAAGGAGCAGCUGCUGCAGCACGUCCAGCGUCUCCGGGAGGAGCUGGACCGGGAGCGGCAGGAGCGGAAUUCUUUCCAGCUGGAGUGUAACAGGAUUCAGAGCUGCUGGGACAUCACCCGCCGGGAGCUGGAGGAGAAGAAAGCAGAGCUGCGGAACCGGGACCGGGAGAUGGAGGAGGCAGAGGAGCGGCACCGAGUGGAGAUCAAGGUGUACAAGCAGAAGGUGAAGCACCUGUUGCAUGAGCAGCAGGAGACCCUGACAGAGCUGAAGGCAGAGGGAAUCCUGUCCCUGAAGCGGGCCCAGAAGGAUCACUGGGACCAGGAGCAGGAGCUGUGGAAAGAAAAGCGCUCCUUGAACAUCAAAUUGAAGGAGCAGGAGUUGGCCAAUGAGGCGGCGGUGACAAACCUCUGCCUGAAACACGAGGAGGAGAUGGCCCGGCUGCGUAGUGACUUCGAGGCACAGGCCAAAGAGAUGGAUGCCAAGUACAACAGGAAGAUGCAGGCGCUGCGGGAGGAGAUGGACCUGCGGAGGAAGACAGAGAUCCAUGAGCUGGAGGAGAGGAAGAACAACCAGAUCAGCGAGUUGAUGGGGAAACACGAGGGGGCUUUCGGUGACAUCAAGAACUACUACAAUGAUAUCACUGCCAAAAACAUGUCACUCAUCAGCCUCCUGAAGGAGCAGGUGGAGGAGAUGAGAAAGAAGGAGAUUGUCUUGGAAAAGGAGAAGACAGAUGUGCUGCUGCAGAACAAGGAGCUGACGGAGCCACUGCAACAGGCCCAGGAGCAGGUGGCUGAGCUGCAGAAGAAGUUGGCUCGCUAUGAUAAGGACAAGGAGAUCCUGAUGAACUCCAAAGCCCGUCUGAAAGUCACCCAGAAAGAACUGAAGGACCUUCAGUGGGAACACGAGGUGCUGGAGCAGCGGUUCAGUAAGGUCCAGGCAGAGCGAGAUGAGCUCUACCAGAAGUUCACCAAAGCCAUUAAUGAGGUGCAGCAGAAGACGGGGUUUAAGAACCUGCUCCUGGAGCGGAAACUGCAGGGACUUCUCAGCCUCCUGGAGCAGAAGGAGGUGGAGCUCGGUGAGGUCGUUGCAGUCUCCAACCUCGACCCCAGCGCCCUGUCCUUGGUCUCGCACAAGCUGAAGGAUGUGCUCCACUCCAAGAAUGACACCAUCCAGGACCUGCAGCUCCAGCUGGCCCGAGUCUGCAAGGCACACAAUGACAUGCUGCAGACCUUCGAGGCGAAGCUGAUGGCCUUCGGCAUCCCCCUGGACAACCUGGGCUUCCAGCCGCUGGCCUUCCCCCUGCCGGGGCAGGAGCUAGGGCAGGGCCCCGCCGGACUUGUUUCGGUGCCCACCUGACACUGGCCAGCACUGAGGGUCCCACUGGCAGACUGGAAGUGGGGCUGUGCCCUGUUCUUGCUCUGUGCCAUUAAACAGACCCCAGUGAACAUCUUUGGGACCCUCUUCUCUCCAGGGGGACCAUGAUGCAGCUAGAGGAUUCUGGGCAUCCCACAAACCAUACCAGGCUGCCCCUGGGGCUCCCUCCUUCACUCCCCAACCAGAAGGUGAUUUUUUGAGACAAAUGGUGGUGUUUGGAGCCUUUAA